GGCGGGGAGGCGCGGAGCCGGCUCCCCGGGAUGCCGACCGGACUUGGCGGGUGGAGGCAGCACGCCGGGGCCAGGGCAGCACGGCUGACCGGCGCUCUUCCUCCGGCUGCUCCUCCGGAAUGAGGCCUCGGCGCCCGCGCGGGACGACUCGGUUCCUUCUCAAAGCGAAUCCUAGGAGAGGCCGGAGCCGCGGCGAUGCCGGGGAAGCUGAAGGUGAAAAUCGUGGCCGGUCGCCAUUUGCCGGUGAUGGACCGUGCCAGUGACCUGACGGAUGCCUUCGUGGAGCUGUUCUCAAGUGGACAUACCAGCUCCUUCCUCAGAGCUGAUGUCAUGAUGCAUGUUUUCUGUUUCCUAUGGAGUUGUCAGGUAGACCAGCAGGUAAAGUUUGGUAAUACGACCUUUAAGACAGAUGUGUACCUCAAGUCACUCAAUCCUCAGUGGAACUCGGAAUGGUUUAAAUUUGAGGUGGAUGAUGAAGAUUUACAAGAUGAACCUCUACAGAUCACCGUUCUUGACCAUGAUACUUAUAGUGCAAACGAUGCUAUUGGCAAGGUGUACAUUGACAUCGACCCUUUACUGUAUAGUGAAGCUGCCACAGUCAUCUCAGGGUGGUUCCCAAUUUAUGACACCAUACAUGGUAUCCGUGGAGAAAUCAAUGUGGUUGUCAAAGUAGAUCUCUUCAAUGAUUUAAAUAGAUUUAGACAGUCAUCAUGUGGAGUCAAAUUCUUUUGCACAACAUCUAUUCCAAAGUGCUACAGAGCUGUGGUAAUCCAUGGAUUUGUAGAAGAACUUGUGGUCAAUGAAGACCCGGAAUAUCAAUGGAUUGAUCGUAUUCGCACACCAAGGGCAUCAAAUGAGGCCAGACAGAGACUUAUUUCUUUAAUGUCAGGUGAAUUACAGAGAAAGAUUGGCUUGAAAGUGCUUGAGAUGAGAGGAAAUGCAGUUGUUGGGUACUUGCAGUGCUUUGAUCUGGAAGGCGAGUCUGGGUUAGUGGUGCGAGCCAUAGGCACAGCGUGCACUCUGGAUAAACUAAGUGGCCCAGCGGCACUCCUUCCUGCAUGUAAUUCCCCAUCCAAAGAAGUGAAGGAGAUUCCCUUCAAUGAAGAUCCCAAUCCCAAUCCUCACUCAUCAGGACCCUCAACCCCUCUGAAAAACCAAACUUAUUCCUUUUCACCUUCCAAGUCCUACAGCCGACAGUCCUCUUCUUCUGACACAGACUUGAGUCUGACACCCAAGACUGGAAUGGGAAGUGGUAGUGCUGGAAAAGAAGGGGGGCCCUUUAAAGCUCUUCUGCGACAGCAGACUCAGUCGGCAUUGGAACAGCGGGAGUUCCCCUUCCUCACCUUGACGGCCUUCCCUCCAGGACUCCUCGUGCACGUCGGUGGUGUUGUUAGUGCACGGUCUGUGAAGCUGUUAGACCGGAUCCACAAUCCUGAUGAACCAGAAACUCGAGAUGCGUGGUGGGCAGAAAUCAGACAGGAGAUAAAGUCACACGCUAAAGCCUUAGGCUGCCAUGCUGUAGUGGGCUACAGCGAGUCAACCAGCAUCUGUGAAGAAGUCUGUAUUUUAUCAGCAUCUGGCACGGCAGCUGUACUGAACCCUCGGUUUCUUCAGGAAGGCACUGUGGAGGGCUCUUUGGAACAGAGGAUUGAAGAAAACUUGCCUGUGGGCUGCGGAUUCUGCCAUAUACCAUAUGAUGAGCUGAACAUGCCAUUUCCUGCUCACCUCACAUACUGUUACAACUGUCGGAAACAAAAAGUCCCCGAUGUCCUCUUUACAACCAUCGACCUGCCCACUGAUGCAGUGGUUGUUGGGAAAGGUUGUCUUAUCCAGGCAAGGUUAUGUCGCCUAAAAAAGAAAGCCCAGGCAGAAGCCAAUGCCACAGCUAUCAGCAAUCUCUUGCCGUUUAUGGAGUAUGAAGUCCACACUCAACUGAUGAACAAGCUCAAACUCAAAGGAAUGAACGCUUUGUUUGGACUAAGAAUUCAGAUCACAGUGGGUGAAAACAUGCUGAUGGGCUUAGCGUCGGCCACAGGGGUCUACCUAGCCGCUUUGCCGACUCCUGGUGGGAUCCAGAUCGCGGGGAAGACCCCCAAUGACGGCUCCUAUGAGCAGCACAUCUCCCACAUGCAGAAGAGAAUCAACGACACGAUCGCCAAGAACAAAGAGCUGUACGAAAUCAAUCCUCCGGAGGUAUCUGAAGAGAUUAUAGGAUCGCCCAUCCCAGAACCUAGACAGCGUUCAAGACUUUUAAGAUCACAAUCAGAAAGUUCUGAUGAAGUUACAGAAUUAGACCUUUCACAUGGGAAAAAAGACGCGUUCGUGUUAGAGAUAGAUGACACCGAUGCCAUGGAAGACGUGCACUCCCUCCUUACUGAUGCUCCUCCUCCUUCAGGUUUUUAUAGUUGUAAUACAGAAAUUAUGCCGGGCAUAAAUAAUUGGACAUCAGAAAUACAGAUGUUUACAUCAGUAAGAGUGGUCAGACUGAGCAGCCUCAACCUGACCAAUCAAGCUCUCAAUAAGAACUUCAACGGCCUGUGUGAGAACUUGCUCAAGAGCCUGUACUUCAAACUCCGCUCCAUGACUCCCUGCUGCCUCUGCCAUGUGAACUUCACAGUGUCUCUGCCUGAAGAUGAGCUAAUCCAGGUUACAGUCACAGCAGUCGCGAUAACUUUUGAUAAAAACCAGGCUUUACAGACCACGAAAGCCCAUGCUGAAAAGACACUGCAGAGAGCCUCUACGGAUAACGACGAGCUGCUGCAGUUCCCGCUGGAGCUCUGCUCGGACUCACUGCCUGCUCCUGCUUUCCCAGCAGCCAAAGAACACCUGGAGAGUGCGAGUUCUAACUCAGGCACACCAGCUGCACAGAGAGCAACGUCAGUUGAUUACAGUUCCUUUGCAGACAGAUGCAGCAGCUGGAUAGAGCUCAUUAAACUGAAAGCUCAGACCAUAAGGCGCGGAUCAAUUAAGACAACUGUGACGGUUGAGAAAGCAAGUCCCAUGGGUGAUGGAAAUUUCCGGAAUCGCUCUGCUCCACCUUGUACAAGUUCCACGGUUGGGGUUGUUAAAAUGACGCCUCUUUCUUUCAUUCCUGGAGCGAAGAUAACAAAAUAUCUUGGCAUCAUUAACAUGUUUUUUAUUAGAGAAACUACUUCUCUUCGGGAGGAAGGAGGAGUCAGUGGUUUCCUCCACGCUUUCGUUGCUGAAGUGUUUGCCAUGGUAAGAGCUCACGUGGCUGCACUGGGAGGGAAUGCUGUUGUUUCCUACAUUAUGAAGCAGUGUGUCUUCAUGGAAAAUCCAAGUAAGAACCAGGCGCAGUGUCUUAUAAAUGUCAGUGGUGAUGCGGUGGUUUUUGUUCGUGAAUCUGACUUAGAGGCCAUGUCAACUCAGCAACCUGCUGUCCACUGCCAGACAACAUGUCCUGGAGAAGUCACCACCUGAAGACAGAAGGAGCUGAACUGAGUGAAAUCCGCCCGUCUCCAUUGUUUGUCUUCACAGAUGAGCCUCAGCCGGGGAGAGAGCUGAGGAGGAGCAGGCAUGAGUUGGUUUGGUUUGUGUGGAUGUCUUGGAGACUUAAGAAUUUCUGAUCUUGACAUUUCAUUUGCUUGUUUACACAGACAGAUCCCAUGGAAUCUAGCACCUUCAGUUAUGGGAGUUACUUGUAAUUUAUGUUGAUUUUAAUAAGAUUAUAGUUAAAAAUGAAAUGGGAAGAUUGUCAAGAGGCUGGGAUAAGCAGCUUCUGUAACUUAGAAAACUAAGUGGGAAUCCAAAUUGCUAACGAGUCCAUAGUUGAUUUGUAAAAUAGAGGACACUACUGUGUAUUUUCAGAAAAUUACUAUGUGAGUUUCCCAGUAUCUCUUGCUUGAAAUGAGGAACUUGUUAGCUGGGCAGGUGAUGUGCUUCAGCUACUUUUCAACGGAAGAUUCUACAGUGUGCAUCUGUAGCGUGACCCAGAUGCUCUGAGGAGCUUCACGGGAGGCCUCCACAUCAAGGAGGGAGGGGGCCUCACGACUGGCUACUGCUUCAUAUGUAAUUGUCUAGAAGAGGCUUGGCUUCAACUGGGUAGAGACCAUUGUGAAAUGUAUUCAAGUAGUGAAAGUACAGUUGACCUAGGAAGAACUGGAUUGUUUUCUAAUAAUAUUAUAUUGCACUCUUACUAGGGGACUUUGGUGAGGUACACUGUUUGCUAUAGAACUUGGAAAUGAGACUUGAAUAUGCUGUGAAGUGUUGAAUGUAUGUAUUAAGUCUUACUUAUGCCAAGUACCCACUGCUAUUGAAAUAUCAAAGUCCUCCUUUACCCCAUAGAAUUCCCUUAUAAAAGUUAGCAUUUUAUUCUCACAGAACAGUAAAUUACCCUAAAGAUGAAAAGUCAUCUUAUUGUUACACAGGUGUCAAUAUUUUUCUGUAUUUUGUUUAUAAUUUUAUUUUUUAAAUAAAAAGUUUAUAAACAGUA